AUGUUCAGACACGGCCAGACUCAAGCUCCCUCCGGCUUCCAGGCGCAUGGUACGCCAAUCCCGUGGGCAGAGAUUUUCUCUCGGCAUGAAGCCGUACUUGCCUCGCAUCUCGAGAUGCUCGAUUCCGUGAAGAGCCAAAUUGCGCCAGACGGCGAAGCCUUUCGGACAUUGUCCUCCAUGGUGACCAAAACGAUACAAGCGAUGAACCAGUCCAAAGUGGCUCGCAAGCAAAUGCUCAACCGAAACGCACCUGAAAAUCCAUUCAAUAAUCCCCACUCCUCGUCCUCCGCAUCGAAGAUGAACGAACGACCUACCGCUACUCCGCAAUCGACGGAGACAGAGACCAGUUGUCGGAAGAAGAGAUGCAGGACCGAGAAAGCGGAGGUGGAUAUGCAAAAUCAAGUCCAAAGUUUAGAAGAAGACCCCCGAGCUUCUAAACGCCGGCGCGAUCUCAUCGGGGAAGAUGCACGAAGUGCGCACUAUGCCUCGUCCGGUUCACAAGAGACGGAAGACAUAUCUGCAGAGGUUCAGAGACGUCUCAAGAUUAAAGAGGAAAAGCGGCGAAUGCGAGAGAAAACCAAGCCAGAAAAGCGCAAGCGCGAGAGUCUGGUAUCGAAUGACGGCGCUUCGCCCGCCGAAGCAAAUCACAGGAAGAAGCGCGCGCGGCGGACGAGCAGCGACCUGAAGAGAAAUGGAGAGCCACUGGUUGAAAAAGAGGCAGAUGAGAAGACAAGACGAUUCAAGAGAGCACGCAAUGGGGGCUAA